AAUAAUAAGAAACAGUUAUAUCACUAAUUAACUAUCAUCUUUUACCCAAAACCAUCUCAAAAUGAGUACAUAUACAAAUAAUUCUAGGACUAGACCAAGGUUUCGUGAUCGAGCCAAGAAUCAAAUGAAUAAAUUCAAGUCGGCCGUUUCAAGUGCUUUGCCGUCAGUGACUUCAUUUGGAAGCAGUGAAUUUGAACGACAUCCUAGAGUUUGGGAAAGUUUGGUCACCUCUGGUAUUGUAGCAUUAUUUACCCUAAAUGUAGUCUUCUUGUAUCCACUUGUUUACGGAGGUUUCCUCAAUGUUAUUUAUCCUCCUUGGACUGCACCCGAGCCCACUCCAGCAGAGAUGCUUAACAUUAAAUCACCAAAUGUGUUGCGAUCUAUUAUCGAUCGACUGAACGAAGUACAGUAGUCAUUAGACUUAAGUUAACAGAUUUUCUUGCGUGGACCGGCCAGCCGCGACAGCUUUUAAGGCGCCGUCUACCCCUUGCUACCUAGGUGUUUUACCGACCCAUAGGCGCUAGGCUUUAUCCAACUUAGCUGGGAAUCCAUCAGGAAGGGAGGAUGGGAUAGUCCAGGGGGCUUAAGC